AAGUUCUGCUCUGGGGAAACAGAGGUGAAAAAGUUGCCAGCUCAGCAGAAACUGGCUUCAGUCACCAUACAACCAUCAACAAUCCAGUGCAGCUAAUCCGAAUAGGGAGGGCAACCCAAAGAAAUGCGGUCCAUCGUCCCACUCCUAUUUCUGCUCCCAGCAGCCGUGGUUGCACAAACCCCCAAAACGUGUCCCAACCCUUUCUCCUGUGUAUACAGCCACGAAUGUCAGAAGCCGUGUCCACCGGGGUUUCACCAUCAGCCACAUGCGGGAUGUUAUCAAAUUCUCAGCCCGCUUCAGUGCAAUGCAGCCGGGGGUCUCGUGGCCACGUUGGAAACCCACAAAGAGUUUGCCUACAUGGCCGCCAUGCUGGUUCGAGCGUCGCAGCAGAACAUCAGUGAAAUCUUGGUCGGUUCUGAUAAGGAAACCUCUGCGUCCUGGUGUGUCAGCACAGCAGCUGACAGACCUCCCAGCGUGAAGCCCUGCGACAAGGACUCCAAGAACGGGUUGUGCAAAAUUUCUUUCGGCGAAGCCCAUUGUGAUGCCGUGGGCACCGAGUGUUGCUUUGAGGUCAAACGUCCUACUACGACCACCAGCAGACGAGGGACUCCAGAAUGCGAAAUUUGCUGGCACAGAAAUGCGACACUUUCUCAAGAGCUCUUACACCAGGGAUGGACAUGUGCAGAACAGAAGUUUGUCAAGGCUGUGAAUGUCCUGGAAAGGGGCCUGACACCUCCAGAAGCAUUCAACCUGAUAACAAAAACAAUUUGUCCCCCAAACACCUCUGCCUUGUGCUCCCUCAUCAGAAUCAGUUCCCAAACUCAGCAUGUGCUCUUGGCAGACACCCUGAAGGGAGCUUUCAAAAUCAACCCAUUGUCAAACUCACUAACCCUAGCUUCCCAUUAUUCCAAGCAAUUUGAUCCAUUCAAAGAGGACCUAAAGCUGAUGUGUAAAGGUGCAAGUUGUGAGGAAGUUACCCUAGAAAUCCAACCUCUGAAUUCAAAGUCCAAACUCUUGGUUGCUGAGAGUCACUGCGAAUCUUUUAAUUCCAUGGAGAACAAUGUUAUCCCAAAGCAGGCCCCUGCUGGUGUGGCACCAGCUCAAUCAGAACCAUGGAAACCCCCAGCAGAGCCCAGGAUUUCAAACCAGGAUCCCUUCAGAUAUGAGCCACCCACUCAGAUCCCAAGACCCCCACCACAAGAGCAAGAUUUUGAUUCCAUGGAGUCCAGCAUGCCAAAAUCAUUGAACAUGAUUCCAAAUGAGGAAGAAAAAAGACCUCAAAUUGCCAAGCCUUUGGUGAAGCAGAAGGCAAGAAAAUUGAAGACAAAAGUCAAGAAGAUGAAGAAGACCAAGAGUAACAGCAACCAAAGAGACCUAACAAACCCUAAAAUAAUCCCCACUAUGGGCCGCAAUGUGGACCAUGUGGAAAAGCUUUUAGACUUUCCAAGAAAUCAACAACCAGCAGCAGACCCUCUUUUCAGGCCCCCAGGAAUCUGGGGCCCUCCUCCUCAAUUCAAACCACAAGCCCAGAGACCAGCUGUUUGUGGUGUUUCUGUUUCUCCUGAGGCCACUCAGUCAAAAAGGGACAUUUGGGCUAGGUUUGGAAGGGAUGAUGGUUUAGACUCUGAGGAUGGUGAGACUGACUGCAACAGGUUUCAAGCCAAUCCUGAACUCUUCCCAUGGCACAUGUCCAUUUACUAUGUUGCCAGCAAUGGAAGUCGCAUGUUCAUGUGCUCAGGGAUCCACAUUGGUGGGGACCAACACCACCAUCACCACAUGCUGGCCACUGCUGAGUGUGCUGAAAGGAUCCCACCUGGGCAUGUGUCCAACAUCAAGGCGCUACCAGGGAUCCACUCAGAGGGUGAAAUCACACCAUCAACUCUAGUGCAAAAGGGUCUCACUUUGAUUGAUGUUCACACUCACUAUGCAUUUGACAGCAAUGCUGCCAUCUUCACAUUUGCCACGCACCACCAUAGGCACCAAAGGCAACCCCCAGCCAGUGCUGACCCAACCAUGGACUUUGCCCCAAUUUGUCUUCCUCCACCUGGGGACUUCUUUUGGUCGCCUUGUUACAUCAUGGGAUGGUCUACCUCUGAAUCUGGGAACAAACUGAUCAAGCUAGAUGUCAACGUGGCCUUCAGCAAGAAGUGCAAGCAUCACAACAUGGAUACUAAGAUUUGCAUUGAGUUCAAUGCAGAAUCAGACACCUGCUUGCAUGACAUGUCUCCGGUGUUGGUCUGUCAAAGGACGGUUCAUCAGCAGCAAUGGCGUCAUCCAAACCGUAUUGCUCCUGUCCGAAGACAAGAGGAUAUUCAGAAACGUUUGAUAAAUGACGUAAAAAUGCAGGGCGGCCCCAUCAGACCUCCUCCACCACCUCCACCAAUGCCCCCAGCAGGCGUUAAACCUAUGCGUACACCAUGGGUAAAUGACGACGUUUUGAAGAUGCUCAAUGGUUUACCAAUGAACCAGCUUCAAGUUCUUCAGAAUCUCAUCAUCCAGAAGCUGAUUACUAAGUUACAGAAGUUUUCCGAAACAGAUUCAUCCACGAAACAAAUCCUUGAAAAAGUUGACAACCUGUUGGCAAAUUUUCACAAAACUGACGAUGACGUAGAUGGAGCUGCAGCUGCUGAUGCCGAGCUUGAUGACUACGAAGACGCCGACGUUGAAGAAAAUGAGCUGAACUAUCAGAAUAAGCGUUUUGCAACGAUUUCGUUGCUGGAGCCUUCUGGGAUCCACAAGUUGCUGAAAAUACUUUUUGAAACCCCAGGAGCCGAAAAAAUUCGCGAUGAUUUGGAAAACAUCAUUAAUACAAUUGAAGACAUGGUUCCGGAAGAGAAGGAACUCAAAAAAAGGUUUGCAAAACCUCCAAUGCCAUUCAAACCCAAGCUGUUCUUCUCAGCACUUCCCAAUAGUCACUUUGUCUUAGCCAUAGGAUCCAGGGUUGGAAGUAGUCAGAAGAAAAAGUGUAUCAAGGGAGAGGCCAUCUUGAUGACAAGAGUAGGCAGCCUUAUGGAUUUCUUGCUCAGCAUUGCUUGAAUUGUGGGAGCAAAUAAAACCAGUUUACAGAGAA